AUGGUGCUUGUGGAUGCCGUGCAAGAACGGAUGUUCACCGAGACGUGGCCCGAUCCCAGCAUCGCUGCCGUCACGGCGGGGUUCGACUAUAGGGAGGUUGUGGGUCUGAACCGCGAUCACCGACUGACCGAGUCCGAGUGGGCGGAGCUGAUAGCCGAGGAGCGUAGCCCCCACCACGAGCGCCAGGCCGCCCGGGAGCUACCCCAGUUACAGAUCAGCCGCGACGUCCUAGCCAAGAAGCAACAACUCCGCCCGGGGUCGGGAUCUGUUGCACGGCAAGCCGCUUACGAGGAGGCGUUUCAGCGUGAACUUCUGAAUCUGUCGACUAAUGCACGCUUCUCCACGAUGUCCCAGAGUGGUCAGACCAUUCAGCUCACCGAGCCUGAAAGAGUCGCCGAUGAAGUUCGUUGGGUCCUACAGCGGAUUCCAUCCGUCGAUACCACCAUCUGA